UCACCUUAAACUGGAAGUUAAAACUCGGUUCCGUUUCAUCAAUCGAUUCGGUAUAAUUCAGAAUAUUGUUAUCACACCAAAUAUUAGAUUCUUUAAUAGUUAGACGAAGUCGUUUCUAAAUCCAAAAAAAAUUAAGAUUAUUGAUAAAAUGUGCAUUGGUAUACCUAUAUAUUAUACACAUAUCUAGUAAAAUUAAGAUGAAGACUAAUUUAUGUAUAUGUAUAAUGUGCAAUUAAACUUUUCUUUUGUAAAUUCUUAAAAAAUCAAAGUACCUCAGCUUGAGUUUCCAAAACUAAUAUUAUUACUACAGAACAAAUGAAAAAAGAAUUGAAUGUGGCCAUUGCCUCAAAUAAAUUUAGUUACUUGUUGAAAUACCGAAUUAAAUAUGAAAACUAUAAGUUUCUGCCUAAAUUUAUAUAGAAAAAAAGAUGAAAAUACUGGCAUAGAAUAUUUAUGUUACAUCACAGCGGAACAUCAAAAAAUAAAACAAUUACAUGCUCCAAUUGAAUUAAAAAAACAAUUAAAUAUAGUUUAGACAAGGAUAUCAAUAUUUUUGAUUAUUGCUUCAAAUGUAAUUAAAAUCUCGUAUAUUGAUAAAAAAUUUUGGAAAACGUAGACUUAUAUCACAUAAUCAUAUUUUUAUUAUUAUGAUUAGUUUAAAAAUUAUCCAACGUUAUUAAAUUAUUCAAUGUUCAACCAGCAUUAUGACGUUCAUUAUUCGAACCUAAUGCUUUCCUUUUUUCUGUAAUUUAAAAAAAUUUUAUGUAACACAAAUCUUCCUUUUUUUGUAUUUUGUGUAGGUAAUAAAAUUUCGUAAUAAGCUUUUAAACUAAGAUUCUGAAUGGAAGUUGAAGAAUUGCAUGAUUUGGGUUUAACUUAAAGUAAAAAAAAACCGAAGCAUGAAUUUUUAGAAAACUUAUGUAUAAGCGGUUGGCUAUGGUUGCAUUCGUUGCUGCGAGAACCAUUAAAUAUCACAAAAUUUUUAUGAUGUUUCAAAAAAAAGUCAGCACAAUAAUAAAAAAGGCAUUUUCGAACGGAAAAAGAUUAAAGUUUUUGCAGUAACUGUGUUUGUAAUAAUAAUUCUAAUGCAUUAAUGUCACAUAAUUUGCAAAAAUAUAGAUAUACCCACUAUAUGUAUGAUUUUACCCAAUGUAUAUAUGUACGACAAUUCCUUGCUAUAAACUGAACGAAAUAUGUACAUACAUAUCUUAAUAUUUUAUAAUUACUUACUAAUAUUGAUGCCUCUCGAAGCCAUGAAAUAUAAACCGAUUUCUGAGAAUGAACUACCUACCGUUAUAGAACAAUGAACACAUUUAAAAUUAUACUCGUACAUUCGUACAGAUAAUACCCAUACGCAAAUAAGUAUGUGCGUGCGGGCAAGUAUUGUAUCGUUAUACAUUUACAUACUCGCAAAUUUUAAGAGUUCAUAAUAAAUAUGAUCAUGAUUAAGUGAAUUAAUUAAUUCAAAACAAAAUUAAUUAUUUCUCAAAUUGGGUUAGAAUAAAUAAAUAAAAAGUUAUCGAAAACUCAAAAUACGUCCACAUAAGUCAUCAAACACUUAGUAAUAAAUAAUUGAAGUUUUCAGUUUUACUACAAUAAUCAUGGAUUUAUUAUAUCAAUUUGUCGGACUAAUUCUAAUUGCUUUAGCAAGAGAAAGUUUUCAAUGGGUAAUUCUCAUCAUUAUUUGCAUAUAAUAACAAAAUAUAUUAUUUAUGUUAUAAUUCCUAUAUCGUUAUUGCAUAAGAAAUUUGUAAAAUUUUUUGCUAAUCUUUAAUGUAACGUUAGAUUUUGUACAAUAAUACAGUAAAUAGUAAUAUAUAUUUAUUCAUAUGACCUUACAUACUUAUGUAUAUUAUGCUUUUUUUUAUUUAUUUAACAUGCACAUAUGUAUGUAUGUGCGUUUACAGCGCAGUUUCAGAAUUAUUUUUACAUCAAGUGAAGCUAAGUUUGAUAAAGAUUUACUUGAAGUAAAAAUCGACAUCAGAAACAACUCAAAUGAAGAAAGUGUUUUAAAUGCUAAACUUAAUAUUUUACAACAACUUGAUGAUUUAGAAAUCUCAUACGGAUUGGCAAUGCAAUUACAGACUCAAAAUUACACUACAACAAUAAGUCGCUCUCUACAUUUGUGUAAUUUUUUUAAAGAUCAUUCUUUAGACCCGUUUUUAAGAUUCAUCUAUGAAGGCCUAGUAACACAUGGCAAUUUAAUGAAGUCAUGCCCAAUACAGAAAGGUGUAUAUUUUGUUAGAGAAUAUAAAAUUGAUGAAGAAUUGUUUCCAAGCUACGUUCCAGAAACAAAUUUUCUGGCUACAUUAGGUAUUUCAAAAAGGAAAAAAACCAAUUCUGUUCAAAUUCUUCUAAUUAAGGUAAACGUAAAAAUUGAUAAAUCAAAAGGUUAUACA